AGGUCGAUACGUGUCAGUGCAGAUGUUUGGGGAAGGAAUUCUAACCAUGUGUGAAGUUGCAGUUUACUCUCGAGUUGGCUCCUUUGCAGAUCUUUGUCAACUUGAUAAUGGCGGCUGCUCACAGGUUUGUUAUAACUUGUGUAAUCUUCGAGUCAGGUGUGGUUGCUGGCCUGGUUACACUCUCGCUUACGAUGGAAUAACUUGUGUCGACAAAGACGAAUGCAGGACCAACAGUGGGGGAUGCGACAUCAGCCACGGGUAUUGUAUCAAUACCCCUGGAAGCUACCACUGCGCAUGUAAACUGGGAUACCAGCUUAAGGAGAACAGCGAAUUCGUAUGCGAAG